AUGGCGAAUGAAACAGAGUCAAAAGUUGAGAUUUUUUUUCAGAAAAGAGAAGAGGAAGAGACCAAAAGAGGGGUUUACUACAAUAACAAUGGCGAUUCGGUUCGAAUUCAAGCAAGAGGAGAUAAAAAGAAAACUCUCAACCUUCUCUUGUUGUCUUUUUGUGUUCACAUUCAGAUGGAGAGAGAAAUGAGUGACUAUUGGUUGAGAAUCGUGGGUUUUUGA